GCGUCAUAGGGAGUGUAUGCUAUAUGAAUAAUUCAGCGUCCGUCAUAUUCUGCCCUGUAAGCUCGCUCUCUCCACCUCAUGAAUAUUCACGUCUAUCUUUCUCAUGUAUAUUGAUUAUGUGUCUAUCUGACAGCGCAAACCCGUAGCUUUCAGUCUUGUUAUGGCGUCUAAUCAAGUCUGAUGUGUUGUAUUUCCCUCUCUGCUGCGUUUGUGCGUUGGAAUUUCCCAGAUGUUAGCCGGUUUAUUUUGUGUUUAAUUAUAGAGAUUGUAAUGUAAAUGGAGGAAGAAGAGAUUGCGGCGGGGGCUGUACCGGGUCCCGAAUCAGACCGAGACAAACAGAGAGGUGUCAGAGACAGGGGGUCUUAUUCGGCUGCACUGCCCGGCACUGAGCUUCAUAAAACGGGGUCGAGUCAAGGAGCAGCUCACGGCGACAACACUGGAUCAGGGACAUUAGGAAGGGGGAUACGGGUAUUGAAGAGCAACAUGAAGCGGAACAGGAGCCGCAGCUGUGUGACACCAAAGAGCCGGUUUGGGUCUCGGGAGCGAGACUGGCUGAAGGAGGAUCCUCGGAGAGGCUGUGUGUUCUUGCACGGGGGUGGUGACCCCCAGCCGCCCUGCUCCUCCGGCCCCCCCUCCUCCUCUACCUCACAGUCAGACCUGCGCCUGGUCCUGUGCACCACCGACACCACUGCUGCGGAGCUCUGUGCACAGGGUGAUAGUGAGGGGCUCUACCUGCAGCUGCAUGGGGAUCUCAUCAGGAGGCUGGACCCCAGUGAGCGCCCUCUCCAGAUGGUGUAUGAUUACCUGGCAGCAAUGGGCUUCGAGGACCCACUCCGCAUACAGAACGAAGCUGCUAACUCUGACCUCAGCUGCAUGAUGCGCUUCUACAGCGAGAAGCCUUGCAGCGUGGAUCAACUAGAGCGCAUUUUGCUGAAGGGGGUGUUUAGCGUCCGCAAGGGCAAGACACAGCUGCAAAAGUGGGCAGAACGGCAGGUCAUCCUGUGUGGCACCUGCCUCAUUGUGGCCUCCGUCAAGGACAGCCUCACGGGGAAGAUGCACAUCCUGCCUCUCGUAGGGGGCAAGGUAGAGGAAGUGAAGAGAAGACAACACUGCCUCAUGUUCAGCUCAGCGGGACCUCAGUCUCAAACAUACUUUGUCAACUUUGAUUCGCUGUCUGACUACCAGAGGUGGUAUCGACAGGCGUCCAAAGUGGUGUCUCAGACAGUGAGUGUAGUGGACCUGUCCUGUGAAAGCCUGGAGGAAGUCCCGGAGUGCCUGUUCUACAGCCAGGACAUCACACACCUCAACCUGCGGAACAACUUCAUGAGGCCUGACAGGACAGAGGGGCUUCACAGCCUCAACAGGUUUUCUCAGAUAAAGAGUUUGAAUCUCUCCCACAAUCGCCUGGGUUCCUUUCCUGAGUCUUUGUGUGAGAUCCUCACGUUAACCGAACUCAACCUUUCUUGCAAUGGGAUUCGCUCACUCCCUGCCCAGAUUGAGAAUCUGCACAGCUUACAGACGCUAUCUCUGGAUGGGAAUCACCUGAGCUUGUUGCCAGAGGAGCUGGGCGGCCUGUCACAGCUUAGUAGCCUGGGGCUUUCCUUUAACAACUUCUCCGAGAUCCCUGCUGUGCUGGAGAUGCUCAGUGCCGUCGACAGGCUGGCCAUGGCUGGGAACUGUCUCGAAAGCCUGGACCUGGGCACCCUGAGCAGAAUGAGCCACUUCAAGCACAUAGACCUCCGUUUGAAUGGGCUAAAAGCGGUUGUGAGUCGGGGGGUGGAGACAUUGAAGCACAUCACGCACAUGGACCUGCGUGACAAUCGUCUCUCAGCGCUGGACCUCAGUUCGGCCUGCAGUCUUGAGCAGUUGCACUGCCAGCGCAACAGCCUGGGGGCGCUCACGCUUAGCGGCUUCGCCCUCCGAGCCCUGCACACCAGUGCCAACCAUCUGAUGAAUGUAAACAUCUACCCUGUACCCAAUCAGUUAACUUACUUGGAUCUUUCACGGAAUUUGCUGGAGUACCUGCCGGACUGGGUGUGUGACACCAGGAAAAUCGAAGUGCUGGAUGUGAGUCACAAUCUGCUCACUGAACUCCCUGGCAGGCUCUUGAGCAGUCUGAGUCUUAGGAAACUGCUUGCGGGGCACAACCAGCUCCACAGCAUGCCUGACCUCCUGGACCACAUCCCCCUGGAGGCCCUCGACCUCCAGCACAACAAGCUAGGCGAGCUCCCAGAAAGUCUCUUCUAUAAGGCCUUAAAUCUAAGGUACGUGAACGUGUCUGCAAACUCACUGGAGACUGUGCCCCCCAGCAGUCUCAGUGUCCUCCAAGAGCUCUACCUCACCAGCAACAACCUGAAUGAGCAGUGCGCCGCCCUGCUGGCUGGACACCAGAAUCUCCGGGUGCUGCACAUUGCCUACAACCAGCUGCAAUCCUUCCCACCCAGCAAGCUGACAAAGUUGGAGCUGCUGGAGGAGCUGAACCUUAGCGGGAAUAAGCUAAAGACAAUCCCCUCCACUGUGGCCAACUGCAAGAGACUGCACACCCUGAUCGCUCACUCCAACCACAUCAGCGUCUUCCCAGAGAUACUCAACCUGCCAGAGAUCAAGUUGGUAGAUCUGAGCUGUAACGAGCUGACAGAGAUUCUCUUGCCUGAUUUGCUGCCCCCAACCCUCCAAGAACUGGACCUGAGUGGGAACACCAACCUCAUCCUGGAGCACAAGACCCUCAACAUUUUUAGCCAUAUUGCCACUCUGAAACUGGACCAGAAGCCUUUGAUGUCGGCAGGAGAGUCCAUGGGUUCCUCAACGCUUUGGAACCAUGGAUACUCUGAAAUGACGGGCCAGAGGAACAAGCUGUGUGUGUCUGUGCUGGCAGUGGACAGUUUUGGGGACAGUGUGGAGGCAGCAUAUGGGAUCUUUGACGGCGAUCGCAAUGAGGAGGUCCCGCGUCUGCUGCAGUGCACCAUGGGAGAUGUGCUGUCGGAAGAGAUCCAGCACUCUAGCAUUGACACCGUCUAUAUGAGCAACACCUUCCUCAGCUCACAUCGGAAACUGGGAAUGGCUGGUCAGAAGCUGGGAGCUUCAGCCCUGCUCUGCUACAUCCAACACAACCCUGGUGACCCUGGCAGUUAUUUCAGCCUGACCCUGGCCAAUGUGGGCACGUGCCAGGCUGUGCUGUGCCGGGAUGGGCAACCCCUGCCACUCUCCAGGGUCUUUAGCCUAGAGCAAAGCGCUGAGGAGACCGAGCGUGUCAAACUGAGCAAGGCCAUCAUUACAGAGGACAACAAGGUGAGCGGAGUGACGUGUUGCUCCCGUCUGCUGGGCUGCUCCUACCUGUCUCCCUGGGUUCUCCCUAAACCCUGGGUGCGGACCGAGCCCCUGUGUUCCCAGGAUGAGUUCCUGAUUCUGGGGAACCGGGCCCUGUUCGAGCGGGUCUCCUACCAAGAAGCCGUGUGCACCGUGCAGGCGGUUCGAGACCCGCAUGCUGCUGCUAAAAAGCUGUGCACCCUGGCCCAGAGCUAUGGAUGCCGGGACAAUGUGGGCGCCCUUGUGGUGUCCCUUCAUAUCGGGGAGGACAGCUGCACCUGUGAGCUCCCCCUGUCUACUGCAGCGAGCGGAGGAGGAGGGAGGAUCUACCCCACUGCUGUGCCCCUGGGGGAUCCUGCAACCCCUUCCACUAGCAGCGGCAUAGCUUCAGAGUUCAACAGCGAAAUGUCUGCCUCAGAGGUAGGGAGUGAGGCCGGGUCGAUCGCCUCUGACGAAAACCCUGCUGCUGGACUAGCUUCCAGACCAGAGCGCCGAUGCAGCCUCCAUCCGACGGUUUGUGGAAUUGGAGGAUUUGGAGGUGGAGGCAACAAUCUGGGGCUGUUUCAGAGGCAGCCCUCCUGCGCCACCUUCUCCAGUAACCAGUCAGACAACGGGCUGGACAGUGAUGACGAGGCCCCACUAGAUGGCGUAAUUUCUAAUGGGAGCAAGUUGGAAGUGGAGGUGGAUAUCCACUGCUGUGCGUUCCGGGUGAAGGGCGGGGCUCCUGAGGGGAAUGGGGGGCAGGAGACUGUAGAGGAGCGGCGAGGGUUCGCACUCCGGCUCUCGGAGGACAUAGGCAGUUGCGUCACAGCAGGAUUUGGGUGCAGGAUGCGGCGUCAGAACAGUGUGGUGGUGGCUGCUAAUGGCUGGCUCCACUCUGUGAGCAGUAAAGAGACUUCCGAUCUUAAAAAGUCCCCGUCCACCUCCAGUCUCUUUGGGAAGAAGCUGUCUAACGGCUCAGUGGUCACGGUAGAGGAGAGCCACAACCUCAUCGAAGUGGCCCUGGAGGCCCCCAAGAAGAAGUCAGGCUACUUUGCUGCCCCUGCCCAGCAGGACCCUGAGGACCAAUUGGUGGUGCCGCCUGGUUUGGAACAGGAUGUUUGGGAGCAGCUGAGACAUCUCAAUCCAAACCCUGGCCCCCCACCCACUCAACCAGCUCCCACCACAGGAGACCCAGACUGGGAUCAUCCCCAUCUAAAUAGUCAACAGCAGCAGCUGCAGCAGCCUUGGGAUGCCAGCGGCCUUGCGCUACAGCAGGAGGUGUAUGACACUGCACUAUAGAGGGCAGCCAAACACACACAUAGAGUCUGGGUUCAAAUAAAAACCUGCACUGGAAUGGCCCCCUGGUGACAGAUUUGGCCAUCCAUGACAUGCAAAGAUGGAAGGAGAGUAUAGGAGGGUGAUCUUUGUACAAUAAAGGACUAAGCCAUUCCUACCAAGUUGUCAGACUGGACCUAGGCAGAAGAAAAGCCCAGGCUAUAGCAAGGCUGUCUGGGGAAAGACGAAUGUUAUUUAUUGAACUCUGUGUGGGGUGGAGUAAAAAGCUUUACUCUGGUAAUUAAACCACAGCUCUAGAAACCCUUUAAUAUUCAAAUAAAAAGUACUCUGCCAACUUUUAACUGGAGAUGUAUUUGUUCGAGAAAAUAAAUCUUAAAGCAUAGAGAUCUUAAUAUAUUAAAUUCAUAACCAAGUAUAUUUUUACCUACUGAUGCAAGAAAGGUGUGUUAGUACUGUAUGUAAAUUGUGAUAAGGGUACUCAUGAUAUUAAGAAAAAAAAUAUUCUAAGGUGUACACAUUUCAUAUAGAUUAGUUAAUUUCUUAAGUAAUUAUCAAUUUAAGUAGAGAGGAUGGAGGGAAUGUGCCACAGUUACUAUAAGAUACUGUGAAAAACAUAUACAAAACCCAAAGCCAUUUAUUUUUUGCUGUAUAUAUAUAUACAGUACACCAAGGGCUGGUUUUUCAAAAUUUGUAAUCUGGAUCAAAGUGCUCCGGAUUUUGUAAUCCUAUAUUUCUUGAUUGAGAUUCCUUUAAAAAAAACAUAUUUCGUAAUCAAUUAUUUGUAAUCUUAAUACAGCAGUGACGUUUUCUGAAAAGACGGAUCAAAAUGAUCCAGAUAAAAGUAAUCUCGAUCACAAAAAAUAGAGGAUUCCAAAAUCCAGAUUACUUUGAUCCAAGUUACAGGUUUUGAAAAACUGGCCCCAGAGGUGUGAGGGAAUUGUUUUUUUAAUGCAAAUAUAAAACUGAGCAACAGUGACAUCUACUGGCAAGAUGGAUGUAUUACUGGGAUUGCUGGGGUUUCUUUUGCUCCUUGACAAUGAUAUUUUACACAGAUCUUAGUGAAAGUUCACAUACCCUUGUAAUUAUCAGAUUUAGAGAAUUAUUUUCUAUGACAGCAUGAAAAUUGGAUUUUAAAAGUGCAGCGUUCCACAGGGUUUUAAGAAUAAUUGUAAAUAUUGAAUCUAGUGAUGCUGGUACAGUUAGAACUGAGGACCAGCAGACCAUGUGAAAUACUGGUCUGUGUUGGAAAUAGUUCCAAGAGCAUGAUUGUGGGACACUGCAGUUUUAAAAGAGAGGGCUGGAUCCUUGAUAAAUUGUCAUAGCCAGAUUUACUAUCAUCCAUAUAUGGUUACUGUAAACCCCUUUAUGACUGUGGCCUCUCUUUUAGCUUACAGUAUAUUCAAUAACCCAUUCUAAGUCUGUGUGGUGGUAUCAAAAUCUCUUUGUUGGGCACAAUCAAAUACUUCUCUCAACUCUUGCACUUUUCCGUUGAGAUAGUAUGUGCAAAUUCAACAUAAUGUCAGGUAUAUGCAAAAAGCGUUGUUAAACUGUAAUGUGAUGCAAUAUUCAUAGCCACUACUGCAAUCAUGUGUAAAGAGUGACAGAAUUGCACUGAAUGUGAGUGACCUGCAAAUACAGGCUGCCAUUCAUAGAGCUCAGUGACACCUGAGUUUAAGAUGGUCUGAAAUUUGUUUUAAUAGUCUAUUCAUAAAACCUACUGAAGGUGGUUUAUUUUUUAUUUAUAUACCGAACAUUUGAAACAGAUAAUACAUUUUAUAAGGUGUAUCAGAUCCCCGAUAUCUGUCAAACUUUGGGGAUAACAAAUGCACAGCUCAAAUCGCUGUCAAUGUUCAUUGCUUGUUCUCAUGAACUAUUAUCGGUACACAAAAAUAAGGAGGUGUUAAUAUCAAAACUAAAGUGUUUACAUUUUUUUAAAUAUCAUCUCUAUUAUGAAUAGGUUAUAAAAUAACAUUAUUUUAAGAUGCUGUUAUUUUAGUAUCAUCAUGUUUCAUAAAUGGCAGCCUAAGAAUGGAUUUGUCAGUGGUUCUAUGUGGGUUUAGUAUAGAACACCUCUGUGUACUGUGAUAUAGUGAGUACAUAACUGAGGACAGCAAUUUUAUUUUUGUUAAUGCAUGAGAGGAUCAAACACUGUAGAAGCACUUUGUGUAUAUAUUUGAAUGAAAUUAUAUAUAUAUAUAGCUCUAUCAAAUAUUUAUACAAGUGCACAUGAACUCAUAGAAGUUAAGAUUGUUGUGGCUUUUAUUGGUCACUUAGAUUUGCCAAAUCUUCUCUAAGAGAAAGCAGCCAAUCAAGCUAAUGCUUACUGUACAUGAGCCGAUUAUUGUUUUUAGUUUUUUUUUUAUUGUGUACGUGUGUAUUUGCACAUGGAUUGCAUUUUCUCCAGUGCGGUUUACUGUAAUACUCAAUAAAGAAACUGUCAUGUUGGUAAUCCCCAUUGUUCUCUUGAACAGUUCUCAUUAUGUAUAGGGAAAAGAUUGGACAAGCGCCAACAGUUUGAUGCAGGGUGAUCCAACAUAUAAAAAGUCUGCCGUUUGUAUAUUCAGAAUUUAUACACCGUGGCCAAGAAAUAUGGAGAUAUCUGGGGAGGGGAGGCAUUUAGAUUGUUUCUUGUUUACUGUCAAGUUCUAUCUCAUUUAAUCGUACCAAAUAGAUUACAUGCAUUCAUGCUAUCUGCAAAUCAAUAUAAUAAAUUUAAUGUGGUAGAAAGGUGAAGCAAGUAAAAAAAAAACAGAAAAUCAUUGUAGCUAAUCAGGAACAUAUGAUAAAAGUAACGCAUAAAGUGUAAUGGAAUACUGUGAAUUUUAAGUUAAAAGUGAUCCUUCUGUAGUAGAAAUCCACUACCUACGUUUUGAACUUCAGGCCUCUAAAUACUGUACAGUAUAUAAUGUGCAAAUGCCUUUAACCACACAGGGAAAAGUACAAUUCUUACAUAAGAAAUGAUAUAGUAUAUAUACUCUGUGCAUAUAUGCUUUUAACAUACAGGGACUUCAGAGCGGUUUUAAAAUGAAAAAAAUAUAUACUUGUUUAUGUACAAUUAUAAAAAAUGUUUAAAAGCAAAAGCUAUAUUGCAUCUUAAAAACUGCUUAAACAGCGACCAAAGUUGUUCCAUUUUUUUUUCUAAAGGUGCUUAAAUAUUUUUUCUGUAAGCCAACAAAGUUGAGGAUUAUUUUUGAACUUCACUGUCUCACACAGAUGUAUAGCUCCACCUCUUAGCUGAAUUUAGGUUUUAAUUAAGUUGAGGAAAUGUGAUCUGUGUUUUUAUCAAGUUAAACUUCCCAAGUGCUGAAGCGAUGAUUGCUUUUUUUUUUUUUUUUUUUUUUAACGUGUAUAUUGUGAUCCAUCUUGGUAGGUAACUUCAGGUUUAAGUUUACUCAUUAUUUGCUCUGUUCAUAUGCAAUUCUAAUUAUUAAUGUAUUUAGUGUUUCAGGAAUGUCAUACAUGUGAUUCAUUUGUACAAAGUUAAUGUUUUAUGUUUAUAUUAGAACAAGGUAUUGUUUUAAAUAACUGAAGCAUACAAGAUAUUUUUAUGUUUUUAUAUUUUAGCAUGCAGAGACAUACUGUUUAAUUUAUUACUAAUGGAGAUUGUCUUCUCUAUUGGAUGUCAUUCGUUUACAGAAAUUGAGAGCAUUGCUGUUCCACAGCGUGGAUUUGCUUUCCUUGUGUUUGGGGAGCAGAUGAUGGAUCAUGAUUGCACUUGAAAUGCUGCUACAUAGAUAACGUUAAGAGGAAAAGGUGUAUUUUUUAUUAACCUUUUAGCCAAAGUAGCAAUAAAACAUUUAUACUGUGAAA